AGUUUGAGACCAGCCUGGCCAACAUGAUGAAACCCCAUCUCUACUAAAAAUACAAAAAUUAGCUGGGCAUGGUGAUACAUGCCUGUAAUCCCAGCUACUCGAGAGGCUGAGGGAGGAGAAUUGCUUGAACCCGGGAGGCGGAGAUUGCAGUGAGCUAAGAUCACGCCACUGCACUCCAGCCUGGGCGACAGAGUGAGACUUCCAUCUCAAAAUAAAUAAAUAAAUAAAUAAUAAUAUUUUCUUUUGAUUUCAAAAGGAGGAAAGAGGUCUCUGAAAAGAAGUAGGACUUGUACUGAGAGGGUUAAACAUUCAGUCAAGGAAAGGCUUAUUUCCAUCAUGAUGUUUUUAUUAAUAGAGAUGGGGUUUUGCCAUAUUGCCCAGGCUGGUCUCGGACAGCUGAGCCUGCCUCAGUCUCCCAGAGUGCUAGGAUUACAAGUGUGAGCCACCACACCUAGCCCCAUAGUGAUGUUUUUUAAAACCACAAGGUUCUUCUGCAGCUAGAGAAAUGUGAAAGUGAUGGAGAUCAUAGGGCAAGAAGCUAAUCAACUAGGCCUUUUUAGGCCUGUGGCCAGAAUCUAUGUGGCCAACCCAGACGUGGAAACAGGGUUCAUUUCUGGUUGGGUCUAGAGGCCACAAGACAACAGUAUGGUUAUCAUUUUUUAUAUAAUUUUCUUUUUUUAAAAAAGUAUAAUCUCUUUUCAGUUUCUGGUCACCUUCCUAUCAGUCAGUAGAGCAAGAUUCUCAUGUGUUCACUAUGUCUUUCUCCAGUUUUUUCCUCUGUAAAUUUACUACUCCUAUUUUCUAUAGAAAGACAAUGGAAAAUGUAUAAUUGCUGUCGGUAGAUAAGUAGGUCUUGAAUUUAUUUUGUAAACAAGACCUGUUCUGUCUAUCUUUUCAUUUAGGAGGCUAACAGCAGAGUCAGCUUGACUUUAAGGACUCUAUUUUCUUAGUCUUCAGAUAGUUAUCAUUUUGAUAUUUUUCUAAGAGUUCAGUGCUUUUAGAGAAUUCCAAAAAUCAAUCAAAAGGCAUUUUGAAAAAUGCCUAGCAUGUAAUGAUUGAGUUGAUUGCUUGAAUAGUGUGUAGCUGAAGCUAUUAGAGUUUUGCUUUUUUAGUAAAUUUUAUUGGCUGGGCACGGUGGCUCACACCUGUAAUCCCAGCACUGUGGGAGGCCAAGGCGCAUGGAUCACUUAAGGUCGGGAGUUCGAGACCAGCCCAAUAAACAUGGUGAAACCCCAUCUCUACUAAAAAUACAAAAAUUAGCCGGGCAUGGUGGCAGGCGCCUGUAAUCCCAGCUACUCGGGAGGCUGAGGCAGGAGAAUUGCUUGAACCCGGGAGGCAGAGGUUGCAGUGAGCCAAGAUCACAGGGAAGAGUCUUCCCUGUCCCUGGGCAACAGGGAAGACUCCGUCUCAAAAAAGAAAAAAAAAUUAAAUAAAUUUUAUCUUGAAGUGUAACAUUUAUGUAGAAAAGGGUAUAACUUGUGAGUGUGUGUAGAUGAAUUUUCACAAAGUGGACACAUUCAUGUAAUCAGCACUCAGAUCAAGAAGCAACUUUACCCAAUACCUCCUUUCAGUAAUUACCUGCUCCUCAAAGAUAACUACUAUUCUGAUUUGUAUUUAUUUAUUUAUUUAUUUACUUACUUACUUUUGAGGCAGGGUCUUAUUCUGUCACCCAGGUUGGGGUGCAGUGUUGCGAUCACGGCUCACUACAGCCUCGACCUCAUGGCCUCAAGCAGUCCUCCCACCUCAGCCUCCUGAGUAGCUAGGACUACAGCCGUCAGCAGCCAUGCCCAGCUAAUUUUUAACUUUUUGGUAGAGACAGGUUCUCUCUAUGUUGCCGAGGCUAGUCUUGAACUCAUGGGCUCAAGAGAUACUCCCAUCUCAACCUCCUAAAGUGCUGGGAUAACAAAUGUGAGCCACCUCACCUGGCCCACUAUUCUGACUUUUAACAUUUUGUCCAGGUUUUUGAACUUUAUGAAAAUGAAAUCAGAAGUAUGCACCUUUUGGUGUCUGCCUUCCUUUCGCUCAAUAUUUUGUUUCUGAGGAUCAUCCAUGUUACUGCAUGCAUGUACUUGUGUUUUUUUUUUGUUCUCCUUGCUUGUAUGAUAUUUCAUUGUGUGAAUAUACUGUAACUAUUCAGCCUUGGUGGACUUUUGGGUGAUAUUUUAAUAUUACAAAUCAUGCUGCUGUUGACAUUCUUAUGUCAAAUACGUUUUGGUGAACAUAUAUACAUAAUUUCUGUUGGAUACACACAUAGGAGUAGAAUUCCUAGCUUAUAAGAAAAGUGUAUUUUCUGUUUUUAUAGAUGCAACCUGUUUUUUAAAGUGAUUAUACUAAUUUAUAUUCCCACCAGUUAUAUGCUGGAGUUGGGAGUUUUAAAUUACUAUUUUUGGCUGGGCACAGUGGCUCAUGCCUGUAAUCCAAGCACUUUGGGAGGCUGAAGCAGGUGAAUCACUUGAGGUCAUGAGUUUGAGACCAGCCUGGCCAACAUGGUGAAACCCCGUCUCUACUCAAAAUACCAACAACAACAACAGAAAAAUUAGCUGGGCAUGGUGGCAGGUGCCUGUAAUCCCAGCUACUCAGGAGGCUGAGGUAGGAGAAUCGCUUGAACUUGGGAGGCGGAGGUUGCAGUGAGCUGAGAUCAUGCUACCAUACUCCAGCCUGGGCAACAGGGUAAGACUCCAUCUCAAAAAAAAAAAAAUUGAAAAAUAAAUAAAUUACUAUUUUUUUAGUAGAGGAAAGUUUGCUUUCCUUAAGAAUGUGGCAAGGUAUUCAUAGCACCUCCUGCGUCAAAUAAUCUGAUAAUAGAAGGUGUUGAAGCUGUGCUUUCCAGCAUGGAAGCCACUAGCCACAUGAAACUAUUGAGCACUUGAAGUAUUACUAGUCAAGUGUUACUGUACUUUCAGAAUUGGUCUGGUAGGCUUUCCAGUUUUCGCUGGAAAGCUCCUUAGAAAAAAAAAAAAUUAAAAAAUAAAAAUGACUAGCCUGAAUUGAGAUGAACUGUAAGUAUAAAAUACACACUAGAUUUCUAAAAUCGGCCAGGUGCAGUGGCUCAUGCCUGUAAUCCUAGCACUUUGGGAGGCUAAGGCCUUAGGCAGAUCACUUGAGGUCAAGAGUUCAAGACCAGUGUGGCCAACAUGGUGAAACCCCAUCUCUACUAAAAAUACAGAAAUUAGCCAGGUGUGGUGGUGUGCAUGCUUGUAAUCCCAGCUACUCAAAAGGUUGAUGCAGGAGAAUCACUUGAACCCAGGAGAUGGAGGUUGCAGUGAGCUAAGAUUGCGCCACUGCACUCCAGCCUGGGAGAAAGAAUGAGACUCUAUCUCAAAAAAGAAAAAAAGUAUUGGAUUACUACAGUACUUACAAAAUGAAGUACUGAUAAUUACUACACUGUGGAUAAACCUGCAAAACAUUAUGCUAAGUGAAAGAAGCCAGACACAAAAAGGCCAUAUAUUGUAUGAUUUCAUUUUUAUGAAAUAUCUAGAGUAGUGUAAAUCCAUAGAGACAGAAAGUACAUUGGCGAUUGCCUUAGGUUGGAGAGGAGAAGAAAGUGUAGAUCAACUGCUACUGCUUAAUGGGCCUGGCAGUUAUUUUGGGGGCAAUGGAAACAUUUUGGAACCAGGUAGAGGUUAUUUAUGCAACCCUUUGAAAGUAUUAAAUACCACUGAAUUGUGAACUUUAAAAUGGUUAGGUUUUGGUGGGGAUUUUUUUGUUAGUUUUUUAAAGUUUUGUGGGUACACAGUACAUACAUAUAUUUAUGGGGUACAUAAGAUGUUUUGACACAGGCAUGCAAUGCAUAAUAAUCACAUCAAUUAAAAUGGGGUAUCCAUCCCCUCAAGCAUUUAUCCUUUGUGUUACAAACAAUCCAGUUAUAGUCAACUGCAGUUAAACUUUUUAAAUGUACAAUCAAAAUUAUUAUUGACUAUAGUCACCCUAUUGUGCUAGGAAAUACUAGAUCUUAUUCAUUCUUUCUGGGUUUUUUGUACCCAUUAACCAUCCCUACCUUACCCCUAACCCACCACUACCCUCCCCAGCCCCUCUGCUAACCAUCCUUACACUCUCUAUGUCCAUGAGUUGAAUUGUUUUAAUUUUUAGAUUCCAUAAAGAGUGAGAACAUGUGAUGUGUCUUUCUGUGCCUGGCUUAUUUCACUUAGCAUAAUGACCUCCAGUGCCAUCCAUAUUGUUGCAAAUGACAAGAUCUCUUUUUUUUUUUUUUUUUUAUGGCUGAAUAGUACUCCUAAAGUGGUUAGUUUUAUGUUAUGUGAAUUAUGCCUCAAUUUUUUAAAAUUUUAAUAAAAAUAAAGCUGGUUCUUUGAAAAUACCAGUGAUAACAUCAGUAAAUUCAAAAGCUUAAGAAAAAUGGGGCUGGGCAUGUUGGCUCAUGCCUGUAAUCUCAGCACUUUGGGAGGCCACAGCAGGAACAUUGUUGGGAGACCAGCCUGGGCAACAUAGCAAGACCCCAUCUCGAUUUUUUAAUUUAUUUUUUUUGAAACAGAGUGUCACUCUUGUUGCCCAGGCUGGCAUGCAAAGGCAUGAUCUCAGCUCACUUCAACCUCUACCUCCCAGGUUCAAGCGCUUCUCCUGUCUCAGCCUCCUGAGUAGCUGGGAUUACAGGCGUGUGCCACCAUGCCUGGCUAAUUUUAUUUAUUUAUUUUGAGAUGGAGUCGCGCUCUGUCGCCCAGGCUGGAGUGCAGUGGCGCCAUCUCGGCUCACUGCAAGCUCCGCCUCCCGGGUUCACACCAUUCUCCUGCCUCAGCCUCCCAAGUAGCUGGGACUACAGGCGCCCGCCACCUCGCCCAGCUAAUUUUUUGUAAUUUUAGUAGAGAUGGGGUUUCACCAUGUUAGCCAGGAUGGUCUCGAUCUCCUGACCUCGUGAUCCGCCCAGCCUGGCUAAUUUUGUAUCUUCAGUAGAGACAGGGUUUCACCAUGUUUGCCAGCCUGGUCUUGAACUCCUGACCUCAGGUGAUCCCCCCUCCUUGGCCUCUCAAAGUACUGGGGUUACAGGCGUGCGCCACCCUGCCCAGCUAAUUUUGUAUCGUCAGUAGAGACAGGGUUUCAUCAUGUUGGCCAGGCUGGUUCUCAAACUCCUGAUCUCAGGUGAUCCGCCCGUCUUGGCCUCCCCAAGUGUUGAGAUUAUAGGCGUGAGCCACUGUGCCCAGCCCUGUAUUCUAUUUUUAAAAAUAAAAUAUUUAAAAAUGGAUAAUUUCCAGGGAAAUGUAACUUAUUCUAACUCAACAAGAUAGAAAACCUAAAGAGAUAUAAACUUCAUAUUAAUUAUAUUGGUAGUAGUUAAAUUAGACCAAAAAACUCCAGGUCUAAAUGAUUUUACAUGGGAGUUCUCCCAGACCUUCAAGGAUCAGAUAAUUUAUCUCUUAGACAAACUAUUCCCAAGAAUAGAAAAAUGUAGCUUCUUCUCCGAGAAAACACCAAAUGGCGGAUGACGCCGGUGCAGCGGCGGGGGGCCGGAGGCCCUGGUGGCCCUGGGAUGGGGAACCGCGGUGGCUUCCACGGAGGUUUUGGCAGUGGCAUCCGGGGCCGGGGUUGUGGCCAUGGACGGGGCCGGGGCCAAGGCCGUGGAGCUCGUGGAGGCAAGGCCAAGGAUAAGGAGUGGAUGCCCAUCACCAAGCUGGGCCACUUGGUCAAGGACAUGAAGAUCAAGUCCCUGGAGGAGAUCUAUCUCUUCUCCCUGCCCAUUAAGGAAUCAGAGAUCAUUGACUUUUUCCUGGGGGCCUCUCUCAAGGAUGAGGUUUUGAAGAUUAUGCCAGUGCAGAAGCAGACCUGUGCUGGCCAGCACACCAGGUUCAAGGCGUUUGUUGCUAUCAGGGACUACAAUGGCCACGUCGGUCUGGGUGUUAAGUGCUCCAGGGAGGUGGCCACCGCCAUCCGUGGGGCCAUCAUCCUGGCUAAGCUCUCCAUUGUCCCUGUGCGCAGAGGCUACUGGGGGAACAAGAUCGGCAAGCCCCACACCAUCCCUUGCAAGGUGACAGGCCGCUGUGGCUCUGUGCUGGUGCGCCUCAUCCCUGCAACCAGGGGCACUGGCAUCGUCUCUGCACCUGUGCCCAAGAAACUGCUCAUGAUGGCUGGUAUCAAUGACUGCUACACCUCAGCCCGGGGCUGCACUGCCACCCUGGGCAACUUCGCCAAGGCCACCUUUGAUGCCAUUUCUAAGACCUACAGCUGCCUGACCCCCGACCUCUGGAAGGAGACUGUAUUUAUUUACCAAGUCUCCCUAUCAGGAAUUCACUGACCACCUUGUCAAGACCCACACCAGAGUCUCCGUGCAGCAGACCCAGGCUCUAGCUGUGGCUACAACAUAGGGUUUUUAUACAAGAAAAAUAAAGUGAAUUAAGCGUGAAAAAAAAAAGAAAGAAAAAUGUAGUGCUCCAUAACUCAUUUUAUGAGGCUUAUUUAUUUUGAUACCAAAACCAAACAUUAACAGUACCAAAGAGGAAAAUUAUAGACCUAAAUCACUUGUAAACAUAGAGACAAAAAUCCCAAAUCAAAAGCAAUAUGGAGCUAGUAAUAAGUGUUUUUAAUAUAACCACAUUUCUAUUGUUAUAUCUCAAAAUACUACUAGUAAUUCAAUAUCCAGUAUACAAUCAGUAUUCAAAUAUCACCAGUGUUUUCCUUUUUUCUGUUUAUCCACACAAGGUUUAUAUAUAAGAUAUCUCUUAGUCACUAAAUUAGGCUUAGCGUGGUGCCUCACGCUUGUGAUCUCAGCAGUUUGGUAGGCCGAGGCAGACGGAUCCUUGAGGCUAAGAGUUUGAGACCAACCUGGCCAACAUGACAAAACCCCAUCUCUACUAAAAAUUAAAAAAAGUAACCAGGUGUGGUGGUACGCACCUGUACUCUCAGCUACUUGGGAGGCUGAGGCACAAGAAUCACUUGAACCCAGCAGGCGGAGGUUGUAGUGAGCUGAGAUCACCCCAUUGUACUCUAGCCUGAGUGACAGAGCAAAUCUCUGUUUCCAAAAAAAAAAGAUGUCUCUUAGGCUCUAAAUUUAUAAGUUCCUUGCCUUU